GGAACUCACAACCCAAAAACAGAGCAUCUCCUUCUCUCUCUCUCUCUCUCUCUCUCUCUCUAAGUUGAUAAUGUUAAGGGAGGCACAACUCGUGGGAGUAGGCCUCAUGACACUAGUCAUCCAUGCCUGCUUCCUUUCAGUUUGUGUUGCUAAGCAUCACAAGUACCAGAUAUGCAGCCCCUCUUCCUGCGGAGAUAUGAGGAACAUUUCCUACCCUUUUCGAUUACAAGACGAUCCCCCCAGCUGCGGUUACCCUGAGUAUGAAUUGAUUUGUGAAAACAAUCGUACUAUGAUAAACCUUCAUGGUGGGAAAUACAAUGGGAAAUACUUAGUUACCCAGAUCAACUACCAGAAUUAUACAAUUCGGGUAGUGGAUCCUGGGCGAAAGAAGGACAACUGUUGGAUCUCCAGUCCCCUCCAUUCCAUUGGUGCAUAUUACACUAAUUAUGAAUCUCUAUAUUAUUUGCCUCCUAAAUGGAGUGCUGCUUAUUCUCCGCCUUCUGAAUCAAUAGUCUAUACAAUAGUUUUGAUGAACUGUGAGCAGUCAAUCAGGGACGACAACUACAUUCGUAUAAUUCCAUGCAACACUAAAGGCUCUUCCUCUUCCUCACCAACAUACGCUUAUGCAGUUGUCGGAGACUAUGUGUUGGUGGGAGAUAUUCCGUAUUCAUGCACCAUCGGCACAUCUAUUAUUAUUCAACCGUUGAAGUCACUUCCAGAGCCCAGCAAUCUUUCGAUGUCAGAUUUGCAAGAUUACCUGCUUCAGGGGCUUCAGCUUUCAUAUUUGCAUCACUUCUGCCAGCGCCAAUGCGAAAUGAAAGGGCAAUAUUGCUAUGGUAUAGAUUUCACUGCGACUGCCUUUCAAUGCAUGAAGAUGUUCCCAACGCUUCCCAACACUUCAGAGAAAAAUAGGCUUUGGAAGUUUAUAACCAAUUAUUUAUUCAUUCCCUUUAUUAGGGGGUUACUUUCUCCCUACACCUUAAAAUUUCGAGGAUUUCAAGAAGAACUUAGUAAUUGCGAUUUUUACUAUCCCUGCAACACCUCCAUGAUUGGCGGCUGGAUACUGCGUAUUAUUGUCAUAGGAAGGACUAUGCUUGGGAUGUUGUGCCUAUUCGCCUAUUUGAUUUACAAGUUCCACCGAAGACAUCUAUCAUUAGAUGAUAGUAUCGAAGAAUUCUUACGAAGUCACAAAAAUCUCCAACCCAUCAAGUACUCGUAUUCAGACAUAAAGAAGAUGACUCAUAACUUUGCGAAUAAAUUAGGUCAAGGAGGUUUUGGCUCUGUAUAUAAAGGAAAACUUCGAAGUGGUCGCAUUGUAGCUGUGAAAGUGCUGGUCAUGUCAAAAGCUAAUGGACAAGAUUUCAUCAAUGAGGUUGCAACAAUCGGAAGAAUUCACCAUGUUAAUGUGGUGAGACUUGUAGGAUUUUGUGUGCAGGGAUCAAAAUGGGCACUUAUAUAUGACUUCAUGCCCAAUGGUUCUCUUGAUAAGUUUAUUUUUCUUAAAGAAGAAAAUAACACUUUUUUAAGCUGGGAAAGGUUGUAUAAGGUUGCACUUGGAGUGGCGCGUGGGAUUGAAUACUUACAUCAAGGUUGUGACAUGCAAAUUCUACAUUUUGAUAUCAAGCCACACAAUAUUCUUCUUGAUGAAGACUUUACACCAAAAGUUUCAGAUUUUGGCCUUGCAAAAUUGUAUUCAACGGAUGAAAGUAUGGUGUCUCUCACUGCUGCACGAGGAACAUUGGGAUAUAUUGCUCCAGAAUUGUUCUAUAAAAAUAUUGGAGGUGUCUCAUACAAAGCUGAUGUUUAUAGUUUUGGAAUGUUGUUAAUGGAGAUGGUGGGGAGAAGAAAGAAUGUGAAUGCAAAUGCAGCGCACUCGAGUCAAAUAUAUUUUCCAUCAUGGAUUUAUGACAGAUAUGAUCAAGGGGAUAACAUAGACUUGGGAGAUGCCACUGAAGAUGAAAAGAAGCUUGUUAGGAAAAUGGUGAUAGUUGCACUAUGGUGUAUACAGAUGAAGCCCAUAGACCGUCCUUCAAUGAGCAAAGCUUUAGAGAUGUUGGAAGGAGAGGUUGAGCUAUUCGAAAUGCCUCCAAAGCCUACUCUAUACUCUGAGGAAAUGUUAGUUGAGGAUCAUAUGAGCAAUCCAAUAGAAGCACCAAUUUCCUUGUGCAAUUCCAUGGGUACAAUUACAUUAGAUGGAAGGUAGCGUAGCAUUUUUCCACUUGCAUGCUAUCUCCUAUGAUAUCAUAUGUUUGUAAUUUGGAUUAGAUGUAUGGGUUAUAACUCUUCUUGCAAGGUCCAUAUAAUGUAAUAUUGUCUUGAAGCAUUGGCAUGGUACCCUAACAAGGUACCCUAACAACAAGCAUAUAAACAUGCAAUAAUUAUUACCUA